AUGUCCGCCCUUCGCACCUCGCUGAGGCGGAUGCCCAUCUCGUCAGCCCUGCGCUCCUCCACCUCCACCACCCCCUUCGCUCGCUCCCUCUCUACCCUCCCCGCCCGCCCCCUCGCCUCUGUACCCAGCAAGUACACCGGCCUGGGCGCGUUCCGGUCCCUCAACUCGACUCCGCCAGCCCAGCUCGAGCCGAGCGCGCCGGUGGCGGAUGGUGGCGCGACUGAUCCGCCAGAGAGUGGGAUCAAUGUGGACAAGUCGACGCGGAUGGAUACGUUAGUGCUUUCUCUUUGUCAGGUCAAGGGGUCUGCGAAGUGUGCUGGAGAAGAACUGCUCGGUGGAGUUGAAGCGAGAAAAGGGGGUGCAAACUACGCGAGUGGGUUUCGGAGAAAGAGAGCGUUCCUGGACGGGGCAUGA